CCUAUAUUCAAAAUGAGUUUAUGGAUUACAUCACAGCCCGUGUGGAUAAAUCAGACGAGCCAGGUGAUUUUCAGAUUGGCGUCCAGUAAAAGAAAAAGAGAAAACAUGCUGAUACGUAGAACUCAGUACUUAACACUGAGAGACGAAGACCUGAAUCUGUUGACGCACGUGAAGGCGCACAAGAGAGUGACGGUCUCCGGCGGCUUUUGAUGCUGAUACUCCUUUCUUGCAGAAAAGAGAAGUUCCUCAUUGCACUUUUUCUUUCAUGAAAAUACGAAGAGGCUAAUAAAUUAAUCUUGCCAUGGACUCUGCUGUCACAAGACAAGUCGUUCUCGGACCUUUCCACUUCACUUUCUUCAGUUAGAGUCGCCGAUUGUGAUUUGCGCACCGACCUGAACUUCAAGAAUUAUAGAUGAGUUCAACUGGAGAUCAUCAGCGAACCUAGUGUUUUAUGUUUGACAAAAUAAUAAUUAGACAAACACGGAUUUCAUCUUCUGACCCACAAGUAACUGGAUGCUCUUCUCAGACUUGUAAGGAUUAUUUAAUCUAAAUACGAUUCUGUCGCUUAAGAGAGAUGGAUAAUUCUCAAUAUUUCCUCGCUUUGUAUGUGCUGGUUUUAUCCCUUGGUCUGAGGAUAGAAGAAGGGAUGUGCCAACAUUACUUCCUCCUCCGCCCCAUCCCUAGUGACAGUUUACCAAUUGUGGAACUUAAAGAAGACCCGGACCCUGUCUAUGACCCAAAAGAAAAGGAUCUUAACGAAACAGAACUGAGAAGCAUUCUCGGCAGCAAUUUUGAUUCACAUUUUAUGUCUGUAACGCUAACAGAGGACAAAUACACGGGAAACGAUGAUCUGAGUUACCCGGAACUCAAGCUGAAGCCCAUCGGGGCAAUGCCGAAAGAGAUAAAGUCGAUGGAGUUUGAUAUCCAGGUUGGCAAGAAGCACAAACCGAGCAAAAAACUUAAACGGAGGCUGCAGCUGUGGCUGUGGUCCUAUGCGUUCUGCCCAGUCGUUUAUACGUGGAACGAUCUCGGGAACAGAUUUUGGCCACGGUAUAUAAAAGUGGGAAGCUGCUACAAUAAACGGUCUUGUUCUAUUCCAGAAGGGAUGGUCUGCAAACCUGCCAAAUCGACCCAUUUCACGAUCUUGAGAUGGAGGUGUCUGCAGCGGAAAGGAGUUUUGAAAUGCACUUGGAUACCAGUUCAGUACCCGAUAAUAUCAGAGUGCAAAUGCUCCUGUCCGAACUGAUUUUCAUAUAUAUAUAUAUAAAAGUUUUAUAAAUAUAAAUCAUAGCUACAUUGUUAUUUUUGAUACGCACUGCCGAGUGUAGGAAUGUAUAUUUUAUGUAUAUGUGGUGCCAUUAAAAUAUAAACUUGUAAAAAGGUCAGUAUUAUGUAUAACCAGCGUCUACUGUAUUUGUUGAACAUAUCUUGGUUGUAAUGUAUCUUUAUAUUUAUAUUGAAGAGAACUUCGCAUUGCGAAGCAUUAAAAUAUGUUUAUCGAAGGAC